AUGGAAUGGAACCUCAGAAGGAUGGAAAGUGAACUGAGGCACAUCAACCCGGACCUGGUGCCCAGCAAGAGCUUCAAGAAGCCUUCUUCAGGCACCAUCACCCUCAAUGUAGGGGGCUUUCUGUACACUGCCCACCGGACCACCCUUGCCAAGCACCAGGGUUCCUUUCUGGAAGAGCUUGCUAACGGUAAGAAGCCGGUUCAGCACACCGACUCCAUGGGCAACCCAUUCAUUGACAGAGAUGGUCCAGUUUUUCGCCAUGUGCUGAACUACCUCCGAACUGGAGAGCUCCAGCUACCUGACGACUUCCGGGAGGCAGGGCUCCUCCGAAAGGAAGCCGAUUUUUACCGUCUGAGUGAACUGGUAGAAGCCAUAGUUGAGUGGGAAAGUCAGAGGGCAGCCCAGCGGGAAGUCGCAUUUUUGGAGGUGACAGAUAGCCACGAGAGGUCGCAGGGUCUCAAAGUGUACUGCAGUGAUGCCAUCUUCAUCGAUAAAGUCAAAGCGCGGCUGGUGCAGAUCUCCAAGAGUCGUCUGGACGGCUUUCCAGAAGAAUUUGUGGUGUCGUCCAAUGUGAUCCAGUUUCGACACUUCAUCAAGUCGGAGCCCGGCUCGCGGCUCGUCCUGAAGGAGGACAGCACAUUCUUGUGCACACUUGACUGUCUGAAACUAGAGACGGUGAUGCUAGCGCUGAGAUCAGGCUUCAAGCUGGCCACCAGCCUCGACAGCAGCAAAGGCUCCGUGGUGGCAGCUGAAGCACUGCAUUUUAUCAAGUAG